UUUUAUAGUGUUUUGAACUAUUUUUUUAAAUCUUUUCGAAAUUUGCUUAUCUUUUAGUUCUGGUGGCUGCUUAUUAUUUUGGCACUUUUAGGCCUGCCUUCGAGGGCGUUCAUGAACGCUGAAGAGGAGCUGGUAAACGCUGAACAUGGCAUCGGUGGCCGAGAACGAAAACGUUUUGCUUGAUUAUGAAAAACAGAUUUUCUUGGACUGUUUUCACGAAGAUGGCCUGCUUGUUAUGGCGAAAGGACUUGGACUGGAGCGAAUCUUUCUUAGCUUCCUUAGAAUUUAUUGUGAUCCAGGACAGCUAGUUCUAGUAUUGAACGUCAGCUCCGCCGAGGAAGAAUAUUUUAUAAAUGAAUUAAGGCGAAUGAACGUGUCGCCGUUGCCUAAAAGCAUCAACAAUGAAAUCGCGGUAAAUGCACGAUAUUCCACAUAUUUGCAAGGAGGGGCAUUGUUCGUUAGCUCCAGAAUCCUUGUCGUGGAUUUCCUGACUGACAGAGUACCAGCAGCUCAUGUUUCGGGGAUACUGAUCAACCGCGCGCACAAGGUUAACGAAUCGUCACAAGAAGCGUUUAUUCUUCGAUUGUAUCGUCAGAAAAAUACGAAAGGUUUCAUCAAAGCCUUUACGGACACGCCUAACGCUUUUACUCAGGGAUUUGGUCGGGUUGAGCGCGUCAUGAAGAAUUUGUUUGUGCGGAAAUUGCACAUCUGGCCGCGUUUCGAAGCCAGCGUUCUGGACACGCUGGAUAAACACAAACCGGAAGUUAUUGAAUUACAGCUGAAGAUGAACGCUAGAAUGCGUGACAUUCAAAUGGCAGUUUUGGAUUUAAUAUCCGUAUGUGUUAAGGAAGUUCGGCGAUGCAAUCCGACUUUGGACACCGAAGAAAUUACGGUGGAAAAUGCUAUUAGUCGAUCGUUUGAAAAAGUGAUUGGAUUGUAUCUGGAUCCUGUGUGGCACCAUCUGUCGCAGAAAAACAGACAGUUAAUAGCCGACCUUAAAGUUUUUCGCACUUUAUUAAUGUAUUUGACAUCAUAUGACUGUCUGACAUUUUACAACCUUGUUGCCGGUCUCCGCAAUCGUUCUUCCCCACAAAACUGUGCCUCGUCUUGGAUAUUCCUUGAGCCAGCAGAAAAACUGUUCAUCCUGUCACAAGAGCGCGUAUUUGGACAGCCACAAGAAUCAAAAGAAAUUUCCAUGGAUGUGGUUGAAAAGAAUUCUAAAUGGCAGGCCCUGCAGGAUGUCAUGACCGAAAUUAAAAUUCAGAAUCAGCAACUUUUUGAUUCUGAACUGGGCCCUGGCCGAACAUUGAUACUGGCUGCAGACGAACGGUGUUGUAGCCAACUUAGAAUACUACUGAAAGAGGGCUAUGAAGCCCUGAUUAACACUAUUCUGGAUAGAAGUACGCUAUCCGGGAAGGUUGGUCUGAAGGGAUCUACCAAAGCAAACAAAAAGAGAACAGCUGAGAAGGAGGAUGAUCAGGUCACGCUGACACAAAUGAUGAAGAGAACUCGGAAAAAGGGCGAAGAAACUGAGCCAGUCGAACCACUGAGCGUUGGCGACCAGUGGGAUUUGCAGACGGAAAUGGUGUUAUGGAGCGAUGUGAUUGAAUACGAGACUCUAAGCCCGUCUGCUGUAGUUUUCCAUCCUUUAUUUUCAUCAAAUGAAAAAGCCUUCGAAAUUGUCCGCGUCAUGCUGAGAUUUCUUCCUCGGUACAUUGUUUUGUACGAUCUGGACAUGACGGUAGUACGGCAGAUUGAAGUUCACAAAGCCACACACCCGUCUUUGCCGCUGCGGGUGUACUUUGUCAUGUACGCGGAUUCGGUCGAAGAACAGCGAUAUUUGACCACGUUGCGCAUUGAGAAGCAGGCUUUUGAACAUUUAAUUCGGGAGAAGGGUACGAUGGCGUUGCCGGAAGAUAUGACUGCGGAUUUGUACCGGGAUGUGGCAUUCGCGGUGCAAUUGAAUACCCGCCAAGGAGGAUUGGUCAGUCCCGCCCAAAUGGAACAACCCCGAGUGAUUGUAGACAUGAGGGAGUUUGGUAGUGAAUUACCGUCGCUACUCCACCGCAGAGGGAUUGAUAUUCAUCCUGUAACACUCGAAGUGGGAGAUUAUGUUCUGACGCCGGAUAUCUGUGUUGAAAGAAAAUCCGUUAAUGACUUGAUUGGAUCUCUUAAUAGCGGAAGGCUGUAUUCUCAAGCUACACAGUUGACGAGAUUUUAUAGGUGCCCAGUGCUGUUAAUCGAGUUCGAUCAGAACAAAUCUUUUAGCCUAAAUGGAAAUUACGCGAAGGAGACCACGCUGAAGGAUGUCUCCAAUAAGUUAGUCUUACUGACGCUGCACUUUCCCAAACUGCGAAUACUAUGGUGUUCCAGUCCAUAUGCCACGGCGGAACUGUUCCAGGAGAUUAAGUUGGGUCGUACAGAACCAGACCCUACAAAGGCGGUCACAGUUUCAUCGGAGCAGGAAGCAACGGCGGCGUUUGAAAAGUACAAUCUGGGACCGCAGGAGAUGUUACUGAAGAUGCCUGGAGUUACGCAGAAGAAUUACUUGGGCAUCAUGAAUCGAGUGGACAGUAUUGCGGCCUUGUGCAAAUUAACAGAACCCGAACUUAAAGACAUUUUGGGAAGUGCUUCCGAUGCAGAGAAGUUACAUGGAUUUUUACACAUGGAGUACGAGGAAAAGCAUGAUGAAAGCAAUCAAAGAAACAAGCCCAAAACAAAAUAUAGAUUUGGAAAGAGAUUGUAACUUCAGAUUGACAGUUAGAGAAAGUGACUUCUGUAUAUGAUUUACUAACAUCUGGUUAGUGCGGCGCAUUAUGAAUCGUUAUGGCAUGGAAUGGUUGUGGUUUUUUUUACGAAGCUGAAAGCAGUCUAUGGUUCCCUGUCUAUCCUCUAAUUUUUCUGUGAUAAAAAGUCUUCGUGUUAAUAAGCAUACU